CUUUUAAAUUUGAUUUUUCCAACGAUUCUCCAAACUUGGAACGCUAAGCGUGUGAGUGCGCAUUGGAAAGUUAGCGAAGCUUCGUAUACUUCAUGGCUUCAUCUUCUUCUCAACCGGAAGGUUUAUCGGAAGAGGAUUAUGAUUUGAUCCAUGGCUCUGAAUCUGGUUGGGUCGAUGCUCGAACUUCAUGCCCCCAUCUCGAUUCCCUAUCCACUGAUCUCACCCACAUUCCAACCCCUAAUACUCCCUGCAACAGGUGCCAACAUCCUAAUGAAAACUGGCUGUGUUUGUCGUGUAAAGAUGUGCUCUGUGGCCGUUUUGUGAACAGGCAUAUGCUUCAACAUUUUCGGGAAACUAAUCAUAGUGUGGCCCUCAGUUUCAGUGAUCUAUCGGUAUGGUGCUUCUCGUGCGACGCGUACUUGGAUGCUUAUGUUAUUCAGCAAUUGCGCCCUGUUCAUGAAAUGGCUUAUGUGUUGAAAUUCGGCGAGCUUCCACCAGUUGGAGCAAGCUAAAGCGUGAAGGUUCGUCUAGGAGUUGACCAUGGUUUAUUAUUUCCAUAUCUUGUAGUUUUGGAGAGGAUCGAUAAUUUUAUACAAUGACUUUGGAUCUUUUGGAUUUCUACGUUACAUUUGGAUUAGCUGUUUUUUUUUUUUGGGUAUUUGAAGUAGUGCUUCAUGAAAUACUUUGUUUGGUGUUUGAA